AAAUAUAUAAGGUACUGGAAAAUGCUCCGGGGACAGAAGUGAUCUUCUCUGUCAAUAGUAAACACCUUGGAUUGGAUUGGUUUGUUCGUCAAUAUGAAGAUCUGGGUCCUAGCGGCCGUUAUUGUGACCGUGUCUUCGGGCCGCCUCACCAAACAAAACAAUGAAGAAGAAACAUCUCAAUGGCUCUGGGAAGCUGGUAAACUAUACCGUUAUGAUGUCGAAACACAUACUCUGGCAUACCAAAUGGAAGGCGCUAGUACUGGAAACUCCUUUAAAGCCCGCUUUACUGUUCGUGUAAAGGCCCCUGGACAUCUUCAGGCUAAAUUGGAAAAUGCGCAAAAUGCUCAAGUUCAUCAAGAGCUAAGCCGCCACGAACCAAUGCCUGAAGAUCUCAAAUACCAGCCCGUUCCGAACUUUGACAAGCCUUUCGAAAUCUAUUAUGUUGGUGGAAGAGUGCUCUCACUUAGCUUACCAUCGUCAGUUUCCCUUGCUCAAGAGAAUAUUUUGAAGGGUCUUAUAGGUGCUCUUCAAGUUGAUCUGUCUACCUAUCGUAAUGUUCAUAGUUCCCAUGAUACGUAUGACAAGGAAAGUCAACAAGGCUUGUUCAGGAAAAUGGAGACUGACGUCACUGGCGAUUGCGAGACCCUGUACACCGCAUCUCCAGCUCCUCCUGAGUGGAGACGUGAACUCCCAGCAUUUACUUCCGAGGAAGAUCCCAUUGAAAUCACAAAAAGUAAAAACUAUGGUCACUGCCAUCAUAGAGUUGAUUAUCACUUUGGUGUACCCGAAGGUGCUGAGUGGACCGGUACGGCACACAGACCAAGAAAGGAACAGUUUAUAAACCGAGCUACAGUUUCGAGAAUACUUGUUGGUAAAAAUGGUCCCAUCUAUAAGGCCGAGACUACCAGUACUGUUAACGUGCACCCUCAUCUAUUUGGCAAACAGAAGGCUGAAGUACACAGUAAAGUUACUUUCCAAUUAGUUUCGUACGAACAAGACUCAGAGGCUGAGUGGCCGCUAUCUGAAGGUAAUCGUGAAAUACCUAGCCUUCUGUACUCUUUGAACUCAAAACCAAGAGAAAUUCAUGAGGAUAGUUCAUCGUCUUCGUCAUCCCACGAAUCGUCUGAGCAACAAAUCAACAGUAACAAAUACUCCCGUUAUCGUCGCUCAGUGAAGCCUAAGACGGUGGUAUCUAUCAAUAAAUUGAUUAUUAAAAAUCGCAAGGAUGUGUCAGGUUCCUCAAGUUCUAGCGAAUCCGCUUCUGCUUACGUUAAUGACGAUAUUCCUAAGAACAAUGAACCUGCAUAUGCAGCUAUGUAUAUGAAUCCUCAGCCUCAUGGUGAUAAGAAGCAAAACCCAAUGAACGCUCAGAAGCUUGUUCAAGAGAUUGCACAACUGUUACAGAACCCUAACAAUAUGCCAAAAUCAGAUUUCCUUUCCAAAUUCAAUAUCCUCGUUCGCGUUAUUGCUUCUAUGAGCUACGGCCAACUCAGUCAAACAAGUCGCAGCAUUGAAAUCGCCAAGUCUAGCAAUGAUAAUAUUAAAUUAGACAUGUGGAUGAUCUACAGAGACGCAGUGACACAAGCUGGUACCUCUCCAGCGUUCCAACAAAUCAAAACCUGGAUUGAAAAUAAAAAAAUUGAAGGAGAAGAAGCAGCUGAAGUGGUUGCUGUUCUCGCUAGAUCUCUGCGUUACCCAACCAAAGAAACAAUGACUCAGUUCUUUGAACUUGCUAUGAGCCCAGAAGUGAUCCAACAGACCUACCUCAAUAGCACAGCCUUAAUUGCCGCCACCAAAUUCAUUAACAUGGGACAAGUGAACAACGAAACUUCUCACCGUUACUAUCCCUCACAUAUGUACGGUCGUAUGGCACGUAAACACGACAGUUUUGUUGUAGAUGAAGUCCUUCCCCGUCUUAGCGCAGCCUUGAAACUGGCUGUUGAACAAGGUGACAGUCAUAAAUCGCAAGUUUACGUUAAAGCUAUUGGUAAUCUCGGUCACCGUGCUAUCUUGGAUGUUUACGCGCCCUACCUUGAAGGUAAAACUAAAGUAUCAACGUAUCUUAGAACGCAGAUUGUUGAAAACCUACGAGUUUUGGCUAGACAAAGAGAUAGCCAUGUGCGGACUGUAUUAUUCAGUAUUUUAAGAAACACUGCUGAACCUCAUGAAGUAAGAGUAGCUGCUAUCCAAAAUAUAUUCAUGAGUCGUCCAUCAAAUGCUAUGAUGCAAGUAAUGGCACAAAUGACUAAAGUAGAUCCAAGUAAGCAUGUACGUGCUGCACUUAAGUCUGCGAUUCUAUCGGCUGCUGAACUUAAACAUCCCUACUUCUCUGACCUAGCAACAACAGCUGGAGCUGUGAAAGAUAUGGUAACUAAUGAAAAUUUCGGCAUGCAAGACUCAAAACACAAAUACAUGCAAUACACUAACAAAGAGAAUGAGUAUGAUAAGAUGGGUGUUCAAUCGAUAAUUGGUAGCAAAACUACGUUACUGCCUAAGACGUACCAAUAUUCGUGGAGAGAUAGAAUAAGAGGCUGGGAUGAGGAAACUACGUGGUAUGUCUCUACUUCCAAUAGACAAAAGACGGCUAACUUUUUCUUAAAUGAAGUUUAUGAUAGAACUCAACAAAGCCGCGAUCCUAAAACACACAAGUAUUCUGCCCAAAAGAUAGCGGAAAUUCUAAAUAUUGAAAAUGAUGACGACGAGCUCUUGGAAGCGUCACUCUAUUUGGACUUCAUGAACCAACAACGAUUUUUCGCUUUUACACAAAAUGAUAUUAAAGACUUUGGUGUCCGGUUUGGCGAAUAUUUAUCAAACUUGCCUAAUGGUAUUACCCGUCACUACACAAAAGUUGUAAAUAUGAACCAAGUAUCAGUGAUGUUCCCCGUAGCUGCUGGUGUUCCUUUCAUUUUCAAAUACAAAGAACCAACCCUAGUCCAUAUUCAAACAAGUAGUACUGGAAAGUACAACCUCAUGGACGGAGAUCAUUACAAAUUUGAAAUGUCUCUGGACAAAGACAUCGUAGUUACUUAUGCUGCAAAUCAAGACGGAUCUGUUGGUUUCCUUGACCCUCUUUCAAAUCAAUAUCCUAGUGUGGGCUUGGUAGCAAAAUUCCAAUUAAAUAUUCCUGUUAAGAGUCACUUGGAGCUUAAGUAUGGAGAGUUGAAAUUGAGGCUGGCGCCCAGGGAACCAGAACAAGAUACUACAAUUGUUCAUUAUAGUGUAUGGCCAUAUACCGCUAAUCAGAAGAAAGACAGCUUGGUAACCGUGUCACAGGACCCUACCACAAAAGUUAUCACAAGACCUAAUAAAGUAUGGGCAAUUGAUUACAAAUUCGGUCAGCAAAUCGGAUCACCAUUCCAAAUUCAAGGAUAUUCCUACUCUAAGGACUAUAGAAACAUUGGCAGCUUCUUUACCUCCGACUAUUAUCUCUCUAACAUAUAUAAUUUAUUCAAACAAAAAGAUAACGCUCAAACGCAUUUCAACUUAAAGUACCUCGGAAAACAGGCUAAGAGUAAAGCGGUUACUUUUACAGCGGUUUAUGAUGCUUUUUACAACCAAAAGAACAAUGUUCAGAUGGAACCAGUUGCUUUAGAUGUUAAUGAUGUGGCCCCUAACAGUCCAUCGCGACGAGAAGAGCUAGCGAAACGAGUUAUCUCAGGAAUCAAAUCAGCAAAGGCUCGAGUAUUGGACCUUAGCGCUCAAUUUGAGUCUUCGGAGAAAUUGGAAUAUGCCGCAACAGUCGCCAUUGGGUACAGUGAUGUUGACCCUAAGACACAAUUUGGCGUUUUCAUCGGAAGAAAUUCAGACCAAUAUGGACCUGGCCACGUUAAUGUUUUUAGCAUAAUUACUAAGCCAUCUUCGAUAUCUCCAAUGAACUUCCUAGAUGCUCUUAAUAAUGAAUUAAAAAUGGAUAUUGAAACGGACAUUCGUUAUAAUCAAAAAGAAAACAUCCACAUUAAGGGCACUGCUGAAAGAUCGAAGAAAUACUCUGAAGAACUACAAAAUCAUCCUCUGGGGAAAGAAUGUAAACACGAGAUUGAAAGUGGUAACAACUAUCAGCAGAGUUGUCACGAUGCUAUUAUAAUGGCUCAAGCUCCCAAUAGCCUCAAGCUUUCUAUUACUUAUAAAGACAUAAAUCCAGUCUCUAGAAAUUUCUUCUACCAAGUAUUCAGAAUCGCUGAACGUUACAGUAUGUGGCAAUUAGAAAUGAAUCCUCAGAAGGUUAAUCCCGAUGGUAAAAUUGAUGUGACUGUAGACGCUUCAUAUUUAUCGCAUACUUGGAACUUUGCUUUGAAUUCUCGCCAAGGUGAAAUUCGUCUAAGAAACGUACCUCUUCCUAUGGCUGCUGCAGGAGCAUUGUCCAUUUAUAAGCCAAUUUUAUCAUAUGAGCGUGUAAUGAAUCAUUACAGCAAAAAUCAACACCAACCAUACUGCGCCGUUGAUGGUAACAAAGUAAAGACCUUCAGUGACCGUAGUUAUGACUACACAUUGACUCGCUCUUGGCAUGUAGUGCUAUUAGAUAAUAGACCAGAAAGAAACGAGAAAUUGGUAGUCUUGGCAAGGCGGCCCAGCGAGAACAAACAGGAAAUGUACAUCUCUUUCAGAUCUCGCGGCGGCAAAGAGUUAGAAAUCGAAGUGAAACCAGCUCCAGCAGGUCAAAAGAACUACGUUGUGCAAGUGAAGACAAAUGCUAAAAAGAUAUCCGAGGGAGAGGAAACUACUUAUUGGGAUGACGUUGAUGAAAUUCCAAUCCUGGAGUACUACACAGAGGAAAAUGGUGUUUUAAUAAUGAAAAUCAGCGUUAACUAUCUCCGCGUAAUGUACGAUGGUUCAAGACUUGUAGUGAUUGCAAACAGUAACCGCGACACCAACAGAGGUAUCUGUGGAUACAUGAACGGAGAGGCUCGUGACGAUUAUCUUUCACCAAAUGGCUUAAUUGACCAACCAGAAUACUACGCAGCUUCUUAUGCCCUGAUUGAAGCAGAUAGCGACCCCAAAGAAAAGGAAUUAAAUGCUCAAGCUAAGAAAAUCGCUUAUCAGCCGAAACAAAAAUAUACAACAAUUUUACGUUCCGAUGAAGAAUGGCAGAGAAACAUGCGUCUAACGUCAAACGAGGAGUGGGGUUCUCAAAUAAUUUACAGAGCGAGAAACUAUCUAAAGAGCAAGGAGCCUUGUGAUUUGAGGCCCCAAGUCCAGUAUUAUGAGAACCAUGGUGAGAUCUGUAUAACAACGUCCGCCUUACCUGCUUGCCAAUCACACUGCACUGGUGAUGAUUACAAUGUUCAAGCAGCACAGGUUGUUUGUCGGACUAAGCUUGAUCAGCAAUUCCGUGCAUACAGGGACCAAAUCCGUCAAGGUCAGAGCCCGAAAGUCAAUGGUGUUCCUCAGAUAGCUCAAUACAGAGUUCCUGGAUCUUGCAAGGCUUAAAUUAAAUUUCGAUUAUUACUUUAACUGAAUACUAGACAAAA